CUCUCUCCUCCCUCUCCAGAAGUGACUGGGACUCCUGCCGCCACUUUCGCCAGCUUCUCAGCUCUCAACCGGUCCGUUGCUGCCUUCCUGCUCCAGCCGACCUCGUGUUGCCAUGGCCGCUUCUGUUCUACAGCUUGAACAGACUUACCUGUCGGAGUCUAACGCUGCCCUCAACUCUCAGAUCCAGUUGCAGCUGUAUGGCAGUUACAUCUACCUCUCCAUGGCCUCGUUCUGCAAUAGAGAAGAGGUGGCCCUGGGGUCCUUCGCGCUCUUCUUCCUGCGUCAGUCACAGAAGUGGAUGGAACGCACCGAGAUGCUCUUCUCCCUGCUGACCGAGCGCCAGGGCUCCCUGACCCUUGGGAGAAUUGCCAAUCAAGACCGCCAGGACUGGUUGGAUGGCCUCAUGGCGAUGGAGUGCGCGUUUCAUCUGGAGAAGACACUCAACCAAAGCCUUCUGCAGCUCUACGGCCUGGCUAACAACAAAGGCGACCUCUACCUGUGCAACUUCCUGAAGUGCCACUUUCUGCCACAGCAGGUAGAAAUCCUCAAGGAGAUGGGUGGCUACAUGACCAACCUGCGUCGGUUGGGGGCUCCAGAAAAUCAGGAUGCCGAGAAGCUCUUCGACCAGCUCACCAUGGCGGACAGCAUCAAGAAGAACUGAAGUGGGACUGUCCCCGCUUGGGUGGGGUCUUCCUCAGCUCUUCAGGCAAGAUGCCCACAUUAUAUUUCUAGAAGCUUCCCUAGUCUUUCUACUUGGCAUUCUUUGCAAUAAAUUUGUUUGUUUCUAAGCAGAA